AUGUUGCGCUGGUACCAAUCCAAGUUGGCAAAGAGGCCCAUUCUCACUGCGAGCAUUACCAGUGCGGUCCUGUUCGGUAGCGGUGAUGCCCUAGCACAACAAGCAGUGGACCGCAGAGGUCUCGCAAAGCAUGACUUUGCUCGCACCGGUCGCAUGGUGUUGUACGGCGGAGCUGUCUUCGGUCCCGUCGCUACAAAAUGGUUUGGAGUCCUCCAGCGUCAUGUCGUUCUCGGAAGUGUCGCAACAACCACCGUCGCUCGUGUCGCCGCCGAUCAAGUCGUCUUCGCUCCGAUCCAACUCACAUGCUUCCUCUCCUCCAUGGCGCUCAUGGAGGGUACCGACCCUGUGGAGAAGUGGAAGCACGCCUUUGGCCCUGCCUACAAGGCCAACUUGGCGGUCUGGCCGUUCGUCCAGGGAGUCAACUUCGCGUUCGUCCCUCAGGAUUUGCGUAUCCUGUUUGUCAAUGUGAUCAGUUUGGGCUGGAACUGCUUCCUCAGCAUGAUGAACAGCGGUGAGGAAUAA